AGUGAUUCUCAUCAAGGCAUUACACGCUCGUGUGUAUUUUUAUGAAUUUAUGAACUACAGUAUUAGAAUGGCAUCGCUGUUGCUACUGCAAUCAAUAUAAUACAAUUUAGGGUCACGUUUUAUGUUGUGAAAACGUGUAACACUUGCAUGGGAUAGGAUACUCGAGUUCAUUGUAUUUACGUGGUUUCAGUAUCGUGUGCAGUGAGCUAACUAACUGCUGUAGCUAUUAGCUUACUAGCUAGGACUGUAGCAGACUGACUCGUGCCAGGAUUGAACCCAGCCAUGAAUAUAACAGUGUGCUCUUCAGUGCUGUUGACUCGUGCUUACAGAAUGUGUAUUUCAAAAGCCCCACGGCCCCAUUCCACUGGAUCCAUUGGCUGGGUAGUCCCUGUCCGCAUGGCCCCCAACCGGUCUUAUUCUACAAACAUCAAGGUUCGUUCCUACCUACAGUACAUGAAGCGGAAGAUCAAGCCCCCACCAAGUCCUCCAUACCCACAUGUCUGCCAGGUGGGUGAACCGGUGCUGCGAGCCCAGGCUGCAGCGGUGGACCCUGGGGCAGUACAGGGUCCGGAGGUUCAGGAGGUGAUCCACACCAUGGUAAAGGUGAUGCGGAAAUUUGAAUGUGUGGGACUGAGUGCACCUCAAGUUGGAGUGCCUCGUAUCUUAGCUCUGGAGUUCCCAGAGCGCAUGUUGGAGGACAGCUUGCCUGCUGCACGUGAAGCCCGCGGUCUGACCACUGUGCCUCUGCGGAUCUUUAUCAACCCACAGCUGCGAGUCCUAGAUGGACGCACAGUUCUGUUCCAGGAAGCCUGUGAGAGCAUCUCGGGGUUCUCGGCCACUGUUCCACGCUACCUCUCUGUGGAAGUCUCAGGCUUGAAUGAGAAGGCAGAGCCUGUGACCUGGCAAGUGAGCGGCUGGCCCGCACGCAUCCUACAGCAUGAGAUGGAUCACUUGGAUGGAGUCCUAUACAUUGACCGCAUGGACAGUAAAACAUUCAUUAACGUGAACUGGGCAGCAAAGAACGAGUAGCUGUUUCAAACAAACCUAGUCACCCUGAUUUACCCACAGCACUUAAAGACAGUUCUUGGACAUAACAUGGCAGCAGAUAAGACCAUUCUGAAACCUUUCCUUUGACUGAUUAAACUGUAAAUUCAUAAUAAUAAAUCAUGUAUUUAUGAAGGCAGA